GCUUGCCCGGUGGCUGCUGCGCUGCCGCAACGAAUAGGGCUUCUGGCUGCGUAAGAAGGACCGGGACGCGGAGCUCUGGGAAACCGCGCCAGGCGCCGGAAAGCUGAACCCGGGAGUCGCGCGUCGCCCCCGCAGCAGCGCUAAAGCGGAAGGUCUGCAGCAGCCGGAGCCCGGGGUUCCUCCCGGAGCCGCGUCCCGGGGCCGGGCUGCCCCCAGCUGAGCGGAGCAUCCUCUCCGGAUGAGGGGAGGAGGGGACUUGGCGCGUUCCCCUCGCUGCUCCGGGAGCCGCAGCCGCAGUGUUCACGCCGCGGAGCAGCCCGGCUCCUCCGACGAAAGCCUGCGGUCGUUGGCUUGCCGGACGUUUGCCUUAAAAAUGGACAAAGACGCCGCCCUCCGCGGUGCUCCUGUUUGCCUGACCCUGAGAGUGCCUAUUUGCUUCAAGACGUGUUGGAUGCCCCUGUUCUCCGAAUUCUGAUACGCUUCUGGGCACGAUAUUGAAACACAAAACUGUGCUUUUGCUCUCUCUGAGUUGGCCGAAAAUAGGAUUCUUUUUCGCGCAGGUGUCGUCGUUUAGUCGACUUUAUUAACAUUAAAAUGGCUCUACCCAAAGGCGCCAUCCCCUCGCGGUCCGAGUGUCAGUGCGGGAUCUGCAUGGAAAUCCUCGUGGAGCCCGUCACCCUGCCGUGCAGCCACACGCUGUGUAGACCGUGCUUCCAGUCGACCGUCGAGAAGGCGAGUUUAUGCUGCCCCUUCUGUCGCCGCCGGGUGUCUUCGUGGACUCGGUACCACACCCGAAGAAAUUCUCUCGUCAACAUGGAUCUGUGGAAGAUCAUUCAGAAACACUAUCCCCGGGAGUGCAAGCUCAGAGCGUCUGGGCAAGAAUCCGAGGAAGUGGCUGAUGACUGUCAGCCAGUUCGUCUGUUAAGUAAACCUGGGGAAUUGAGAAGAGAAUAUGAAGAGGAAAUAAGUAAGGUGGAGGCAGAGCGACGGGCCAGCGAAGAAGAAGAGAACAAAGCCAGUGAAGAAUACAUACAGAGACUGUUGGCAGAGGAGGAAGAAGAGGAAAAAAGACAGGCAGAAAAAAGGCGAAGAGCGAUGGAAGAGCAACUGAGAAGUGAUGAAGAACUGGCAAGAAAGCUAAGCAUUGAUAUUAACAAUUUCUGUGAGGGAAGUACCUCGGCUUCUCCCUUGAAUUCCAGAAAAUCUGAUCCAGUUACACCCAAGUCUGAAAAGAAAAGUAAGAACAAACAAAGAAACCCUGGAAAUAUUCAGAAGUAUUUGACACCUAAAUCUCUGUGUGGGUCAGCCUCACACUCUGAAGCUGUACAAGAAGUCAGGGAAAACUCCAUAUCUAAGGACACUGACAGUAGUGAUAUGAAAAGCCCAACAGGGCAAGACACAGAAAUAGAAGAUAUGCCGACACUUUCUCCACAGAUACCCCUUGGAACUGGAGAACAAGGUGCAGAUUCUUCAGCAGAGCCGCCUAUGCCAUGGUUAUGUGCCUGUGGCGCUGAAUGGUACCACGAAGGAAACGUCAAAACAAGAGCAGGCAAUCAUGAUAAAGAGUUCUGUGUCUUAAGUCACGAGGGACCUAAAACCAGCGUUCCCGACCCUGAAGAAACUGCAGUCACGCCUUGUGGCAGAACGGAGAGUGGGUGUGCUCCCACAUCAGGGGUGACCCAGACAAAUGGAAACAACACAGGUGAGGCAGAAAACGAAGAGCUGGGCCUACUGAUCAGUAAGGAUAUUUCCAAAAGAAAAAACCAAGAAUCUUCCUUUGAAGCAGUCAAGGAUCCAUGCUUUCCUGCAAAAAGAAGAAAAAUGUCCCCCGAGUGUUCCCCAGAUCAAGAGGAAACAGAAAUAAACUUUACCCAGAAACUGAUAGAUUUGGAGCAUCUGCUGUUUGAGAGACAUAAACAAGAGGAACAGGACAGGUUAUUGGCGUUACAACUUCAGAAGGAGGUGGAUAAAGAGCAGAUGGUGCCAAACCGGCAGAAAGGAUCCCCAGAUGGGUAUCACCUCCGCGCUCCGCCCUCCCCUCCAGACAGAGUGCCAGAUGGACAGAGGAAGAAUCCCAGAGACAGGAACUCCAAAAGGCAAACUCAUACAGAGCAUCCAAAACCGCAGAGAGGCUCCAGGGACGAAAAUAGGCACCUGUCUUUAAAGAUGCAGUUGAAGCAUUCAGUGAAUGGAAGAAAGAUGCCAAAUUCUUCUAGAGAUCAGUGUAAUGUAUCCAAAAGUACUCAUUCCCUACAGCCUAGCAUUUCACAGAAAAGUAUUUUUCAGAUGUUUCAGAGAUGCACAAAGUAAUGCCUGGUAAAGGGAGUGCUUUGUGAUCUAGUAAAGCUGGACCGUGAAGCCCUUUUCUAUAAUGGAAUCGUUAUCCACGUGUUACUCAUGCUGCUCUCUGGGCACGCUCGUUGUCCUUAAUAAAGGUCUGUGUGGUGGUGAGGGCUGCAUAGACACAUGUGCUUCUGCACAGCUCAGCGGUAAGCGGGGGUCCCCUGUUGUUUCCUUAAUAAUGGAUACGUAUUAAGUUUUACAAUUCCUAUAGAUAGCUUAAACUUUGGCCAACUCCAGGAAGUCUCCACGUGCCACUGUCUUUCCAAAAAAAUGCAUGUUUUAUGGCCUUUGCUCACCUUUUCGUCAUGACUGGUGAUCAAAGCAAGAUUGUACUAUUCUAAGUAAUCAAGGAACCCAUGCAGGGUUUAAAAUGUAUUUUCUUGCUAUUGUCCCAUGUUUUACAGAGUACGCAAAAGGUAUUUUCCUAAAGUAAUCUAAUUUCCAUCUCCAGUUUAAUUCAGUUUUCGGCAUUGUAGCAUUUCCUUUGGUGUUUGUUUUGUUUUGUUUGACGGAGUUUCAAAAUUUGGAUUCAUAUUCAUAUGUGGGAAAUCCCAGAUAUUUCUUUUCUUUUUUCUUUUUUUUGAGAUAGAGUCUUGCUCUCUUACCCAGGCUGGAGUGCAGUGGCGCGAUCUCAACUUACUACAACCUCCGCCUCCCGGGUUCAAGUGAUUCUCCUGUCUCAGCCUCCCGAGUAGCUGGGAUCACAGGCAAGCGCCACCAUGCCCAGCUAUUUUUUUUUUUUUUUUGUAUUUUUAGUAGAGAUGGGCUUUCACCAUGUUGGCCAGGCUGGUCUUGAACUCCUGACCUAGGUGAUCCGCCUGCUUUGGCCUCCCAGAGUGCUGGGAUUAUAGGCAUGAGCCACCAUGCCUGGCCUGUUCCCUUUGGUUUAAAGUGGAUUCGAAUCAGUGUUAAAUCAGAAAAUCACGGUUUUCUAGGAAAUUGGGAAUUAGUUGCCAGAAAGGAAACUGAACUACGCAGAAGGAGUUAAGAGCUGGUAUGAGGCUGGAAGGGGUGACCGACAGUCCGGAUCAUUGAAACUGAUUGGGUGGUCAGAAUCUGGUCCAGAUGAGGAUGAGGCUGGAUGGGGUGACUGACAGUCCGGAUCAUUGAAACUGAUUGGGUGGUCAGAAUCUGGUCCAGAUGAGGAUGAGGCUGGAUGGGGUGACUGACAGUCCGGAUCAUUGAAACUGAUUGGGUGGUCAGAAUCUGGUCCGGAUGAGGAUGAGGCUGGAUGGGGUGACUGACAGUCCGGAUCAUUGAAACUGAUUGGGUGGUCAGAAUCUGGUCCGGAUGAGGAUGAGGCUGGAAGGGGUGACUGACAGUCCGGAUCAUUGAAACUGAUUGGGUGGUCAGAAUCUGGUCCAGAUGAGGAUGAGGCUGGAUGGGGUGACUGACAGUCCGGAUCAUUGAAACUGAUUGGGUGGUCAGAAUCUGGUCCGGAUGAGGAUGAGGCUGGAUGGGGUGACUGACAGUCCGGAUCAUUGAAACUGAUUGGGUGGUCAGAAUCUGGUCCGGAUGAGGAUGAGGCUGGAUGGGGUGACUGACAGUCCAGAUCAUUGAAACUGAUUGGGUGGUCAGAAUCUGGUCCGGAUGAGGAUGAGGCUGGAUGGGGUGACUGACAGUCCGGAUCAUUGAAACUGAUUGGGUGGUCAGAAUCUGGUCCGGAUGAGGAUGAGGCUGGAUGGGGUGACCGACAGUCCGGAUCAUUGAAACGGGUCCAGAAUGACGCAGCAGGGGCCGUUUGGCAGAGCAUCCUCUUCCCCUGUCCUUUGUGAAAGAACACAGGAAACAUUUGGGUUUUAUAGCUUUUCACCCCCUACUAUCAGGCUUCAAAAUCAAAAUUAGUUACUAAAUUGUGUGAAUUUUUGGAAACCUGCAUUUCUGUUCAUCUGCUAUUCCAGAGAAAAAUGGGAAUGUCUUACAGGAGAGUUAUCUCACAGUAUCUUAUGUUGUGGAGCCUGAAACAACCAUGUGUUUUCUUGUAUGUUCAUUUGUGUUGAUACUGCUUUUAUUUGAGUUUAUGAACAGAAAUAGAAAGUAUGGUGCUUGGGUUUUGCCCUUUCUUAACUCGUGACAGUUAAAUCAGAAGACACUGAUUUCAUUUUGUGAAAUUUAGCUCAGAGAUGAUUGAUCUUUUGUUUCAUUAACAUGAACAACUAUUAGUAAAAAAACAGCUCUAACAGCGUUCCUGCUGAUAUCUAGUAAUCUAUUAUUUUAAUUGAAAAUACAAUAAAAUGUCCUAGAGCCAAUUCUAGCUUAAAUUUGCCAAUAUUUUUGUAUGUCAUUAAGUUUUUUUUCCCCUAAGUUUGGUAAUAGAAAUGUUGUUAAUCUUUGCAUACUUGAUGGCAUCUAUAUCAAUGUUGAUUGGGUAAUUAUAAAUUCUGUGCUAAUUUAAAAUUUCAUUUGCCUCUUAAGGUGGUUGCCCUCUGAGUAAUGAUUGUAGUUAAAUGAAGUGUAGUUUGCAACUCUUACUAUCACAUUGGUUGUUAAGUAAAAAUAAAUAAACCCAAUUUGGCUAAGACAGACCAAGAUCAAUCUUCUCAUCAAAUCAAUAUUUCUCUAAGGGCAAUUUCACUUUAAGUUUUAGGGUGGACAUUCUUGGAAUGCCUCAAAUUAAAAGUUAUCUAUUUAAUCUUCCUGGAAUAGUCUGACCAAAAAGGAGGGUGUGGUAUAUUUAGAUGUAAAUAUAUCACAUACAUGGCAUGAUAUAUUUAGUAUUUAUAUAUUCAGCUAAUUCUCUGUGAAGAAGUCUUCCUGACUAAAAUUGGUUUCAUGAUAAACUAAUUUCUCUGUUAGUAUUUCUACUGUGCCUACCAUGUAUGACUUUUUGUUAGAAACUAAUAAAUGUAUCAGUCACUAGCAUGUACUGGUCCUUUUUCCUCUCAUUUUUGUGGAAAGGAUAUGCAAACGUUGAAUUUCUCAGGGAGUACUAAGGCUGUGCAGAGGCUGAGAAUCUGAAAAAUAAAAUAUUAAAA